UCCUUAUUUAUUUAUUUAUUUUUUCCUUUCAUCUCUUCUCCUUUUUUUUUUCUUCUUCUGAUCUGACAAGAAAUUCCCCCCUCUCUGUAAAAGAAUUACUUGCGAGCGUGAAACAUCGAACAGUUGUAACCCGAUCGAACCCAAAUCCAAAGACUGCAGAAGCCUCAUAACACUGUAAUGUUUCUUGAAAAGAAUAUGAGGGGGUGUUAAAGGUCGAAAACCUUUUUUUUUUUUUUUUUAAAUUCCUGAUUUUUUGGAUUUUUUUUUAUGGUUUCUGGGUCUUGUUUGAUUUGAUAUGGGAGGCUGUUUUCCAUGCUUUGGAUCGUCUGGGAAGGGGAGAGAAGAGAAGAUUGGUGUGAAAGGAGGGAGGGGAGAGGAAGGAGGAGGUGGUGGAGGGAAGAAGGAAGGGUCUGCUACUGGGACAAGAAUCAGCUCAGACAAAUCAAAGUCUCGGAACGGUUCUGAUUCCAAGAAGGAAGUGUCAGUUCCCAAAGAUGGGGGAACCGCACAUAUUGCUGCACAGACAUUUACAUUUCGUGAGCUUGCUGCUGCUACAAAGAACUUCAGGCAGGAGAGCCUUCUGGGUGAAGGAGGGUUUGGGCGUGUGUAUAAGGGUCGGUUGGAGAGUACUGGACAGGUUGUUGCUGUGAAGCAACUUGACAGGAAUGGUCUUCAAGGAAAUAGAGAAUUCUUAGUGGAAGUUCUUAUGCUCAGCCUAUUACACCAUGCCAACCUUGUCAAUUUGAUUGGUUAUUGUGCUGAUGGGGACCAGCGCCUCCUUGUUUACGAGUUUAUGCCAUUGGGAUCUCUGGAGGAUCAUUUACAUGACAUUCCACCCGACAAGGAGCCUCUGGACUGGAAUACAAGAAUGAAGAUUGCAGCUGGUGCAGCUAAAGGUUUGGAAUACUUGCAUGACAAAGCAAACCCGCCUGUCAUUUAUAGGGACUUCAAAUCAUCCAACAUCCUACUCGAUGAAGGAUACCAUCCGAAGCUGUCCGAUUUCGGGCUUGCAAAGCUCGGACCUGUUGGAGACAAGACGCAUGUCUCCACACGGGUGAUGGGAACAUAUGGCUAUUGUGCUCCUGAGUAUGCUAUGACCGGACAGCUAACACUGAAAUCAGAUGUCUACAGUUUUGGUGUGGUGUUCCUUGAGUUGAUCACAGGACGCAAGGCGAUUGACAACACCCGGGCCGCUGGAGAGCACAAUCUGGUUGCAUGGGCACGUCCGCUGUUCAAGGAUCGCAGGAAGUUCCCGAAAAUGGCAGACCCACUGCUACAAGGCCGUUAUCCGAUGCGAGGCCUUUACCAAGCUCUUGCUGUUGCCGCAAUGUGUUUGCAAGAGCAAGCUGCAACUCGACCUCUUAUAGGGGAUGUCGUUACUGCACUCUCAUAUUUAGCUUCCCAAACAUAUGAUCCCAAUGCAGCCGCCGCUCAAAACAAUAGAAUUGGCUCAUCUACUCCAAGGCACAAAGAUGACCGCAAGAGCCUGGGUGGUGGGCCUGACGGCCAAGAUGAGUCGGUACGUGGUGGGCGGCAUGGUAUCCAAUCACCCCAUCAGAACUCUCCUGAUUUCCGGCACCGGGAUCCCAUCCGUGGUGUGAGCUUCGGCGCAGAGGUCGGACGGGGCGAAUCGGGAGGUGGGUCUGGUAGGAAGUGGGGCCUAGACGAGCUGGAGAGGCCGGAGUCUCAGAGGGACAGCCCUGUACAUGCAGGGAGAGCGAGGGAAGGCCCGAAGAACUUCAACCGGGAUCUUGACAGAGAACGGGCAGUUGCGGAGGCGAAAGUGUGGGGUGAAAAUUGGAGAGAGAGAAAGCGGGCAAAUGCAAUGGGAAGCUCUGAUGGUGCCAACGAGUAAGUUGCCAUGCUUUCAACAUGCAUAGGAUUAUUGUAUUGGUUCAAAGGCAUCAUUUCAAGAGAGAAAAAAGAAGAGAAAAAGUUCAAGGCCGCCACCCGAUCAUCUUGGUCUUCUGAUUUUCACCGGAAUAAGGUUUUACUGUUAUAUCUUAGCUUGUCCAUUACUGGCUGUCGUAUAUCUUCAUAUAGUUUCAGGUAUCGAGACAUCCGUCGUUCAGAUGGUUCGUCCGGGUAUAUAUAAAAUUAUAUAUAUUUUUUUAAUCUUUUUUUUUCCUUUUUUUUUUUUUUUUUCUUUUUUACUUUUUGCUUUUUUCCAACCAAAUUCCGCUAUUGAACCCGAUCUUGUAAUUCUCACCAUUUGGUUUGGGAGGAGGAACAUUUGAACACGAAAAAAAAAAAAAUGAUGGGUCGAAGAAUGUAAUUUGGUAUUUUGUUCGGAUUUGGGUUUACCAGACACAAACAUGGUUCAAUAUGCAACAUGGUGUUGCCCUUUUGUACGUAGGAAGAGAUUGUCUUCGUUUUGCAACCCAAUAGGUGGGUUUGGUUCA